UUUCGACGAGAAGCUGCAUUAUGGGCACGCUUCGUCCACGACAAUAUCGUCCCACUUUAUGGAACGACGGAGGGGUUCGGGUCAACCACAGCCCUGGUCUCUCCGUGGUUUCCGGACGGCACGCUGCUCCAUCUGAUCACGGAACAGGGUGCUACAUUAACCAUUAGGUCCAAAUUGAAGCUGUUCAUCUUCUUCACAUUAAAUUACGCUCACUCAAAAAUCCAGUCCAACAUUUUGGUAGAUAUCCAGGGUGGAGAAUAUAAGGCUUGCCUGACGGACUUCGGUGUUUCGAAUGUCCUCGGCGGGCCUUUAAAAGAUCGUGUGGUUGAAGGAUCAACUGUUAGGCCUGGUGUAAUCAGAUGGACUGCGCCUGAGUUGCUCAGGCCACAUGGUAACCCUGCCGAUCUCAAACCGACCACGCAGAACGACAUGUAUUCCUACGGUCGUGUCAUGUUUCAUUUGUUGACUCUGAUCAUUCCUUGGUAUGAUAUUGACGAGCACCAAGUCGUUCAAAAAAUCCUUAGCGGAGAGGAGAUCCCGCGUCCUGAGACAUCCGAUGCGACGUCUCACGUCACGGACGCUCGCUGGAGUCAGAUCGAGCAGUGUUGGUCGGUUGAUCCAUCUGCUCGUCCAUCUGCCUUGAUGGCCAUGGACUUUUUAAAGAUCGAACUGGAGGCUGUGACAGACGACGUAAGUUCACGACUAGUUUUGUCACGCAAUUGCCGAGUUUCUCAUGCUCACAGUACGUCUUUGUUGGCGAGGUACACGAACAUCAUAAUAUCCCAUCCUUGGACGUGGUAA